CCAAUUUUCCCGCUCCCUUUCCUUCCGUCCAUUCCCCUCCUCUUCUUUUCCUUCCUUCGGUCUCGCUCUUCCUUUUCUUCUUAGGCUCACUUUCAAGCACCACCUUCGCUUCCCUCACACGCCACCGACACACCCUCCGCUCCAUCCACCACAUCCCAUUCAUAUCAUAUCCAUUGCUCCAUCAUACUGAGUCAGCCAUCAUGACUACCGUCGCCGCACACCCAGAACCUGCUCCUGUAGAGGUCAAGGACGAGGUUGAGGUCGAGACAGAUCCUGAGGACGACUUUGAGGACGAUGAAAUCAUUGAUCAUGCUACAUUUGACCAGCUACUGGAAAUGGAUGACGAAGAAGACCACGAGUUCUCAAGGUCCCUUGUCUGGAACUACUUUGAGCAGGCCGAACAGACUUUUAAGGAGCUUGACGAUGCCAUGACACGGUUGGACUUUCCGGACCUGUCAAGACUGGGCCACUUUCUGAAGGGAUCCUCGGCAGCAUUGGGACUGAUCAGAAUCAGGGCGUCGUGUGAACGACUGCAGCACUAUGGAAACUGCAAGGAUGCAGAUGGGGUCACGACGAUUACGAACGAGGAGGCUAGGGAGCUGAUUAAGGCACUACUAGUUCAGAUGCGGCAAGAGUACGAUGAGGCACAGAGCUACCUCACCGCAUUCUAUGAGGGACAAUAGUCUAUAGGAUCACGUAUCAUCAUUCUCCUAUAUACAUAUGUCCCGACUCUGUUUUUCAUUUUGUAUUCUUCAUACUGUCAAUAACAUGUGCCAUUUUAGUUUUCCUCAGAAUCUCGAACUCUUCGAUGAUGACCUAUCUCCGUGACAAUUACCACAUCCUCGGCGUGCGGGCGGGCGAGCGGCAUACUUGUAAUGGGUGGGUGUUAAUCUUGGGUGUGUUGGCUUCUUGGUGGAAGAAAAGAGGAAGGGCGUUGUGUUUUGUUUCGUUGUCCGCAUGGGGAAGACUAGCC